CCAUUGUAGGUCGUAAUGCGGCUAGCUGGGCGCGUCGAGCGAGAGUAUAUAAGAGAGGGAAGGACGGGAUUCAGCUUUCAGCGCAUCUGCACUGCACAUCCAACCACCAACCCACUCUACUCUCGAUCUCAAUCUCAUUCUCCAGCAAUGUUUGUCAUGCAACCUCUCCUCGCUCUCCUGCUCUCCGCCGCCGGAUCGACCUACGCCUUGGCUCCGACGACGCUCAAGAUCCAGGACUACCAGUCGCGGAUGCUCGAACUCGCCGGCGGUAGCUCCCAGAACCUCACGCGCGUCCAAGCCGUGGCGAACUCGAGCAGCGUAAACCAGAACUGGAAAUUCUACUAUUCGAUGUCCGCCGACUCGGAGGCGUACCAGAUCGUGAGCGGCGCGCCCUCGGCAAACAACUCGAUCUUGUGGCACCACGCCUCGACUGGCGGAAAGCCUGACACGAUCGCCGGCGUGCAAGACACCACCGAGAGCACCUUCUGGGACAUCCAUCUGGUGCAGGUCGGGCACAACGGAUACAAUAUCCUCGACAAGGCGACGCGCAAGCUUGCGAUUACCUCCUCUGCCGGAGGCAUGCUGACGCUCGAGACCCGGGAGGCGGGCAAGAAGGAGCAGCAGUUCCAGUUGCUGGAUCCCAGCGCGUAGAGCGGACUCUUCGAAUGUAUAAACAGAACCCAAGCAGUACAUGAUGAAUAUGAUCAACGCUCCAGCGUUAUGCCAAUCAAUCACCUAC